UCUAUCUUUCUUGGCGCGGACGGGGUCACCGAUCACGCGAAAUCUUUCGAAAAAAAUCAAAUCGAAAAUUUGUGGUCUUAGUUACCACUAGAUCGGGAAAAAUGGAUGCAAACAAGUUAAUUGAAGUAUUGAGGGCUACUUUAGACCCAAGUCAGAGAGAGGAAGCUGAGAAACAGCUAGAAAUUGUUCACAAAAUUAUUGGAUUUGCGCCAAUACUAUUGCAAGUUGUUAUGGAGGAGUCUAUUGACAUGCCUGUCCGACAAGCUGGUGUUGUCUACUUGAAAAACAUGUGCACACAGUUUUGGCAGGAUCGCGAGGCAGAGAACCCAGGUGACCCUGUACCGUUCAACAUCCAUGAGCAAGACCGACUGACAAUCCGCAACAAUAUCAUUGAGGCUGUAAUUCAUGCACCAGAACCAAUCAGAGUUCAGUUGUGUGUGUGUAUCAGCACCAUGAUCAAGCAUGACUACCCAGGUCGCUGGCCAAACUUCCCAGAGAAGGUUGGUUUCUACAUUCAGUCGGAUAAUCACGCAACAUGGAUGGGUGCCUUCAUGAGUCUUUACCAAAUGGUGAAAGUCUACGAGUAUAAGCGCAGUGAAGAGCGCACGAUUUUGGAUGAAGGGAUGAGACACCUGUUACCUCUGUGUUACCAACGCGGCACUCAGCUUCUACCAGACCCAAGCGAGGCAUCCGUGCUCCUGCAAAAACAAAUUCUGAAAAUAUUCUACGCCUACAUUCAGAACCAUCUUCCCCUGGACUUUGUUUCGAAAGAAGUGUUCACUCUGUGGAUGGAGUUAAUCAGACAGAUUGUUGACAGACCUGUGCCGGAGCAAACAAACCAGAUAGAUGAAGAUGACCGGCCAGAACUUGCUUGGUGGAAGGUUAAGAAAUGGGCUGUACACAUACUGUCCAGGAGUUUUGAAAGGUAUGGAAGCCCAGGCAACGUCACCAAAGAUUACAACCAGUUUGCUGAGUGGUAUUUGAAAGCCUUCAGUGGCGGGGUGAUGCAGGUUCUACUAAAGGUAUUAGACCAAUACAGACAGAAGAUGUAUGUCGCCCCUCGCGUCCUACAGCAGUCACUCAAUUUCCUCAACCAAGGAGUAAGCCAUGCAUUUGCCUGGAAGUUCAUGAAGCCACACAUACAGCUUGUGAUUCAAGAGGUGAUCUUCCCACUCAUGUGCCACAAUGAUUCAGAUGAGGAGCUGUGGGAGUCUGACCCACAGGAGUACAUACGCCUCAAAUAUGAUGUUUUUGAGGACUUCCUUUCACCUGUGAUUGCUGCUCAGACGUUGUUCUACUCGUGUGCAUCCAAGAGGAAGGAGGUUCUACAGAAAUCUAUGGGCUUCUGUAUGCAGCUGAUGACAUCGGGUAACACAGAGCCCAGACAAAAGGAUGGGGCGCUACAUAUGAUUGGGGCUGUAGCUGAGGUCUUGUUGAAGAGGAAGAUCUACAAGGACCAGGCAGAGAUGAUGCUGGUCAGCCACGUAUACCCAGAGUUUGUUAGUCCUCAUGGUUUCCUUAGAGCUAGGGCAUGCUGGGUGUUGCGAGUAUUUAGUGAGCUCCGGUUCAAGCAGGAGUCUCACCUAUACCAGGCUCUUGAGUGUACAAAGACAUGUAUGUGUAAUGACAAAGAGUUGCCUGUCCGCGUAGAGGCCGCCAUCGCUCUACAGAUGCUCAUUUCUGAUCAGGAAAAAGCCAAGCAGUACAUGAAGCCGCACGUUAAGACUGUGAUACUUGAGCUGCUGCACAUCAUCCGAGAGACGGAGAACGAUGACCUGACAGGAACCAUGCAGCGGCUUGUGUGUACCUAUGUCGAGGAAGUGACGCCCAUUGCUGUGGAGAUGAUGUCACAUCUGGCAACAACAUUUUCGCAAGUGUUGGAGACAGACUCUGACGGCUCAGAGGAGAAGGCUAUAACAGCACUAGGCAUUCUCAACACCAUGGAAACAAUCCUUACUGUCAUGGAGGAACACAAAGAUAUAAUGUUGCAAUUAGAAGGACUGGUGCUAAACAUAGUUGGUGUCGUGAUGCAGCGACAGUUGAGCGACUUCUACGAGGAGGUAUUAUCUCUCAUCUACAGUCUGACUAGUGCCCAUGUGACUGUUCACAUGUGGCAAGUGUUCGGCAUGCUUUACGACAUGUUCCAGAAGGAUGGAGUGGACUACUUCACUGACAUGAUGCCAGCGCUACACAACUACAUCACAGUGGACACGCCCACCUUCCUAUCCAACCCCAAACACCUCGAGGCCAUCUACAACAUGUGCAAACAGGUGUUGGCAGCUGAUGUAGGGGAGGAUGCAGAGUGCCAUGCUGCCAAGUUGCUAGAGGUUAUCCUUCUACAGUGUCCAGGACAGGUGAACUCAAUUGUUCGACCAUUUGUGGAAUUAGUGCUAGAAAGACUCACGCGAGAGGUUGUGACAUCGGAAUUGCGGACUAUGUGUUUACAAGUUGUGAUAGCGGCCCUGUAUUAUAACACUCCUUUAUUGUUAGAGACUCUUAAAACUCUCAAGAUGGAAAAUGUUCAAGGAUCUGUGAUGCAACAAUUCUUAAAACAGUGGAUACAUGAUGUAGACUGCUUUUUAGGGCUCCAUGACCGAAAGAUCAGUGUGCUGGGCCUGUGUAACCUGCUGACGAUGGUGGAAGCCAAUCGGCCAGCUGAGGUAUCAGAAAUAGGGGCACAGAUCCUUCCAGCUGCCCUUAUACUCUUCAGUGGGCUCAAACGAGCUUAUGAAACUCGAGCAGAGAAUGAGAACAGCGACGACGAAGAUGACGGUGAUGAUGAGGAUGCUGACUACGAGCAGGAGGCAUUGGCCAGUGAUGAGGAUGAGGUUGAUGAAGAGGGCCAACAGUACCUCGAGAAGCUGGAGAAAUCUGUGAACAAUGAUGAUGAGAGCAGUGACGAUGACUCGCUUGAUGACGAGGCGGAGGAGACGGCCUUGGAGAGCUAUCAGACGCCUCUUGAUGAUGACAACUGUCUGGUGGAUGAGUACAUCAUCUUUAAACAAAUACUCCAAGGUCUGCAAAGUGUAGACCCAGGUUGGUACGCACUGGUGACCAGUACCCUGACCCCAGAACAGACCAAACAGUUGGAAGAUGUAUUUAAACUGGCUGAACAGAGAAAGGCUGCUGCAGAAUCCAAGAAGAUAGAAGAGAGUGGAGGCUACAGCUUCUCCGACCCCACUGUACCACAGACGUUCAACUUUGGCCAGAUAGGAUGAACAAAACCUUCUCUAGAAUAACUUAGAGUAUUUAUUUUUGCACAAACAUUGGACAGUUUGCAUAUCAGGUUCGCCAGGUUUUCGAAUUGAAUCGCAUGUCAUUCACUGUCAUAGGCCUUUUUUCAUGUUUGCGAUCGAUCAUUCAUGGAUACAUUUGUAUCAUUUUGAAAAAUAUGGCUUGUAGUUCUUCAAAUUAUAUGUUAGAUUUAGACAAAUUUCACAGAGUAAAACUUGUCAGACUGCUUGGUUGACCGAAAAAAUUUGAAGAUAAACAUUGAAAUAUGAAAAUAAUGUAUGCCGGAAAAAAAUAAUUGAACCUGUACAUAAUAUGAUUAAAGAUGUGAGCUUGAAAAGGGUGUUGUGCAAUAGAAAGGGGUUGAUGAGGAAAAUACCUGGCACCUAUUAUACUCCUUGUACUGUAUGCUGUAUGUUUAAGCUGCUGUAUGCUUAGGUUUUCAAUAAGCAUUCCUACAAACUAAAGCGUAAGAUUGUGCUUUCUUGAGAAGUGAUAUAAAAAAAUUAACUGAAUUAAGUCAGACUACUUGGUUUUCUUACAAAAAUCAAUGGGUUUACUUUCAGUUAUCUAGGGUGUUUAUACCACUGUGAUUUCAAUAUAGAUGUGGUUUUUGAAUACCAGUAUAGUGUACACAUUUCUACCAAAUUAAUAGAUAAAGGACUUUCUCAUAGAUGGGCAAAUAGCAACUUUUUGAGAAAUUGUACUUCUUGUCCGACUGGAAGUAUUGCAUAUUAUUGUAGUAUUAAAACUAGAUAUUAAAAGCUUCAACCCUGCUGGAUAUAAUGCCCUUGUGUAUUGUGGUUAAAUGGAUGAAGCAUUUUGAUGCAAAUCUAUGAGAGUCCUAAGAGGCAUUUACAUGUUUAUUCUUUAGAAUAGUAAGCAGAUACAAUCCUUCAGGUCCCUUCAAAAUAUGAUGAAAUGUAUAUAUAAAAAAAUCAACUGGGGUUGGGGAGGGAGCAUUUAUUGUGUUUGUCAAGGGAAUGGGAUAAUUAGAGCAUCUUGCCAUAUUCUUUUCAUGGAAUACAUGAAUUAAUGGAGAGUCCUGCUGAGAACUGCUUUGUCACAAUUUGUUUUUUUGUAUAAUUGUGUUACUGCAUGUUGUUAAAAAAAUGAUUUGGAUAUAUUUUUCUGGAAUACAAAUUUGAUGGCUAAAGUAUUUAAUGUUUGAAAUUGUAUCUGCUUACUGCGAUUUGCAAAUAUUGGGUCUUUGUACAUAAACCAUGCAUAUUUUAAAAUAGUUAUAUUACAUGGUGAUAGAGUUUUUCAUUCUACCAUACAAUGUGUAGUGUACAAUUGUAGCUUUAAGUGGGAACAUACAUGUUAAAGCUUUAGUACAAUAACACUUAUUGAGAAGUGUUUUAGUUCUGAAAUGGGGCUUUGUUGCUACUGGAGGUAGUCAUUUUGGAUGGAUUGUUGGUAAAUGGCCAUUGUGCUUUUGUUCAAUGAAAUGGAAACUGUAAAAAUCAAAUUAAGAGUUUUUCAUAUGUUAGCCAUGAUGCUUUUAAAGCAAUAUUUUAGAAACAGAUAUGUAUGGUUGAUCAUAAUGUUGCAUGCUAGCUUGUUCAUAUUAUUUCCUGCAUCAUUCCACAGUAAAAUGUUUGAAGUGUAUAUUCUUUUAAAUCUGCUUUUGUAUGUGUUUAAACAUCUCUUGAUGAUCUUUGUGACCUUUUCCAGUUCGCUAUUUCUUAAACAGCAUUUGUGUGUAAACUAGUCAUAUUUUGUUUAUGGAUAGCCAACUUUCUGUAGACCCUCGACAUGUAUGACUAGUUGCAGUCAUCAAAAUUAUACUUAAAUAAGAAGCCAAAAUGUUCACAUACCUUUGAGCCAUGAAACAUUAUAACAAGCCCUGCUAAGUAAAACUCAAUUUUCAACAAGCACAGAUGUAUUUUUAUGUUAAGUGUAGGGCUUGCAGGUCUAUUCAAAUUUCGACUACUGUCAGGGUUUUUUCCAGUAAUUUUGAAAAACAAAACAUUUCGUGUAAAUGCUUCCAUAUAAAACCUUACAGUUUGUGUUUGUUAUAGUACUUUUAAAAUACUGGACAGUCAAGGAAUAUUUGUUAUGUAUCAAAAAAGCAAAGGACUGUCCUUGAUUAAAGGAACAAUUUAUAUUACAAUUGCACUGUUUAUAUCUUCAUAGGCCAAAAAAUAAGGUUAAGUUUCUCAGGCACUGCUUUAUUUGUUUUUCACAUCCUCUUUUUAAUAAAUAUUUUAAUGUGAAAAUUGUCGUUUACCUGUUUUCCAGUGAAAAAUAGAUAUAUAAGUAUGUUUGAAAAUAGUUUUAUGUGACUAUUCAAUUUUUUAGAAGGCAAUUAUCAUCUAUUAGACAAGAAAUCGGGUUAUUUUUAAACUUGGAAGACAGUUUACUCAUAAGGCAUAUGUUGAUAAAUUGGUAAUUAAUUUUUUGGGUGGAAAAACUAAAAAAGAAUAAGUAACACGGGCUCCCUCCCAAUUUAAAAUAGCACCUGAAAUUCUAAAGUUAUUUUUCUUGGCUUUGAACUAUUUUCCAACCUGGUGAUAAAAUAAGUAGCAUUUGUAUGAUAUUAUGUUAUGUACUUUUCUGUAGUUUAUUUCACAUGUAAAAAGAUCUGUUUCACUGUCAAUCCAAUGUAUUCACAAGACCAUCAUAUUUAUUGUACACAUAAAUAAAUAAUGGUUAUAUGUAAUUUUUAAUUUAGCUAGUAAAACUUUGAAUGUUUAAUUAAUGGCAUAUGUAUUUGUUAAAUAAUCUGACUCAACCAGUGUCUGUGAUGCAAUCAUUUGAUUAAUAUGUAUGUAAAAUGAUAAUUAUGUCAACUCCAUGUAUUUAAACUUUAAAUGUUGCCAAUUAAUUAUCCAUUCUAUUAUUGUAUAUGAAUCCCCACUUGUUAACUUGAUUUAUUUGCAAAAUAAAGUGCUAUAUUAAAACCUAAAACAACA